AUGGUUGGUUUGCAAAUUUUCGCCAGGCCGCGUGUGCCCAAACCAGGGAUCGUGAACGAAGAGACAGGCAGCAAACGGCCAGCUUCGUCUGCCCCAUCCACCGAGGUCGUGGUGCGGGUUUCCGUCGGAAAAUGGGCUGGUGAUCACAAGGCUGUGGUUCUGCAGAAGGGCCGCCCCCCACAAAAUCAAAAGAAGUUAUCAGCCGCAGAAGAGCUCCAGCAGUUGCAGGGGGUGUGGGACUUGGCGGAGCUUACCUCGAAAAAAACCAAAGAGAAGCCUGGUGCAGAUGCCAGUGUGGCCAAGAUUUAUGUUCGUGGAAAGCGUGUGGAGGAAAGCCUGGCUGAUGGACGUCGUCGCUUCUUCAAUCUGGUCCUUGCAGAGAAAGCCCGCGACCCAACAUGCAUGGAGCCGGAAGGGCUUGGUGAUGGCCGCUUGAAAGGGACCAAACGCAAGCAGCCAGAUGAAAAUGAGGAGCAAACAAUGGAGAAGCGCCACGCGAAGCCUCCAUUGAAGGGCCCGGACACGCUGGAGAACGGGGGUCCAAAGAACGGCCGUAAAGGCAAGGGCAAGGGCAAGAAGACCAAGAGACACGCUGCAGGUCAUUGGCUGCUUCUCCACCACACGCCCAAGCUUCUGAUCCUCAGAGAUGGGGUUUCCGCUCAAGAGCCAUAUUGGUGGCACCCUGAGGAGCAAGCAUCAUGGAGUCGUGGCGGAGACACGCAAGAGAGCCUGACCAUCAGGUACGUGAAGGACGAGCACACGGAGAAGCUGUCACGACAUGCCCAGGAUCCUCCCAACACCUGGCGUACCAGCAAGGGUGUGGCAGUGACCAUCCUGGCUCCGAAGAAGGGGUGA